GCACACCGCGCCUCCUGCAGGAGGGAGGAUGCGGGUGUCUCCUUCGAGCGUGCCGAGUCAUUGGAUACGCGUUGUUGCUAGGGGCGUGGGCCGGACCAUCAAGGGCUCCUGUUUCCCACAUGAUUAUUCGGACAUCGCAGCUGAGGGACGACAGAUGUGCGGAGGAGCGGAAGGAAUCUGUGCCGCAGUGGACAUAAUCUGAUAAUCCCCCGCGCACGGCGCGUGCGGGCAGCGGACGGGGCCGCGAUGCUGAGCUCACACUUUGUCACGUUCCUCUGCUCCUCACCAGCAGGUGGACUGAGUUAGUCCUGGGACCUGAAGAGGGUCGAAGGGUCGGAGCAGGAGGGAGGUCGGACGCGGAGGACAUCGCCGUCGUGAGGUUGUCGUGGCGAUGACGUCUGGUUUGACUUGAGUCCUGCAGCAGGAAGGAGGACCGGGGCUGCGCGCGUCUUCCUGGCUCCAGGCGGAGAUGCUCUGCGUCCGACUGGACCAGCUGAGGAACUGCGUCACCAAGCGCUGCAGGUAGGCAGCGGCUCCAACCCCGCAGACCAUGUCGUCGUCAGGCGUCUAACCAGGAUGGACUCCGCGGAGGAUUCUACCAAGGAUCCGCCACUGGGAUCCACGUUCCAUUCGGUGCCGGAGUUGGACUCGGAUAUAAAUGCCAAUGCGUUCAGGCCCAUCUAUGAGAACGGGGAUCACAAUGUCAACAUGGAGCUCAGCGGCCUGCGCGGGGCCAGUGACCCCAGCGCCUACCCCGGAACCGACUACCGGGGGCUCGUGCGCCAGCGCUUCGUCCGCCGGAGCUUGUGGGUGUCGGACUGCGAGGAGCAGCCGCUGGACACGGCCGAGUGCGUCAACAGCAGCCCGGCGCUCAACAUCGACCUGCGCACCAUCGUGGGUCGCAACCGAACCAGAGCCCAGCAGGCGACCCGCCAGGAGACACCCAGCGCCGACAGCCAGCUGGAUCUGAAGCCCGCUGGCGGUGCAGGGGCGGAUAAGCGGGACGGGGGCAAGACCGCGGUCAUAGAGGAUGUGCCCGACGCCUCAGGUAAAGCCGGGAGCGACGAGAACGAGGAGGAGCCCGGGAUGAAGGCCGUGUCCACCUCUCCGGGCGGCCGCUUCCUCAAGUUCGACAUCGAGCUGGGACGAGGCUCCUUCAAGACGGUCUACAAAGGUCUCGACACCGAGACCUGGGUGGAAGUGGCGUGGUGCGAACUUCAGGAGCGGAAACUGUCCAAAGUGGAGCGACAGAGGUUCAAAGAAGAGGCAGAGAUGCUAAAGGCUCUUCAGCACCCCAACAUUGUGCGCUUCUAUGACUUCUGGGAGUCACCGCUGAAAGGGAAGAAGUGCAUCGUUCUGGUGACGGAACUAAUGACCUCAGGGACACUGAAAACGUAUCUGAAACGCUUCAAAGUGAUGAAGCCAAAGGUCCUGCGCAGCUGGUGCAGACAGAUCCUGAAAGGCCUGCACUUCCUCCACACGAGAGCUCCACCCAUCAUCCACCGAGAUCUGAAAUGUGACAACAUCUUCAUCACUGGACCUACAGGCUCCGUCAAAAUUGGAGACCUGGGCCUAGCGACGCUGAAAAGGGCCUCCUUUGCUAAAAGUGUGAUAGGCACUCCGGAGUUCAUGGCCCCCGAGAUGUAUGAGGAGCACUACGAUGAGUCUGUCGACGUAUAUGCCUUCGGCAUGUGUAUGCUGGAGAUGGCCACGUCUGAGUAUCCCUACUCUGAGUGUCAGAACGCUGCUCAGAUCUACCGCAAAGUCACCAGCGGUGUGAAGCCUGCCAGCUACACUAAAGUCAGCGACCCGGAAAUCAAAGAAAUAAUUGGCGAGUGUAUCUGUCACCGGCGGGAGGAAAGGUUUUCUAUCAAAGACCUCCUGAAUCACGCCUUCUUCGCCGAGGAUACAGGCGUGAGGGUUGAGCUGAACGAGGAGGACGACGGGAAAAAGGCCUCCAUCGCUCUUAAGCUGUGGGUGGAGGAUCCUAAAAAGCUUAAGGGAAAGUACAAGGACACAGGAGCGAUUGAGUUCACGUUUGACUUGUUGAACGAAGUCCCGGAGGUGGUCGCCCAAGAAAUGGUGGAAUCAGGAUUCUUCCUGGAGAGCGACGUGAAGAUUGUCGGCAAGUCCAUCCGGGAUCGUGUCGCUCUCAUCAAAUGGCGACGGGAGCGGACCGUCUCAUCGGCAAAUGGGGAAGUUGCUGCUAAGAAAAUGAAACAGAACCUUCUCCAAGUGCCUGGUGCUGGUCCAACAACAGGGACGGUGCCGCUGGCUACCGAUGCUGAAGACCAUGAGUUGGAGCAGCAGACUUUGAUUUGCACUGUGCUGACCACCACGUCAACAACAUCGGACAGUGGCGUCAGUUCCACAAUGCAGUCAGAAGAUCUAAGCAAUCAGCAAAAGGGACCUCACCAGUCUCUCCCUGAGCCCAUCUUAUCUGUUCAGAUAACUCACCCCGCUCCUGUCCCGCCUGACACACAAGUGAAUCAGGGGUCCUACCAGCAGCCCACAGCACAAGCCACCAAUGACAUGUGCACUUUCCCACAGCCACAGCCGGGAGGCUACCAGCAAGACACAGGUCAGCUGAUAUCCGGUCCCUUUCUUCCGCCUGCACAAGGACCCUAUCAGUCUCCAACAACCGUAUCAGCUCCAGCAACACCAGCUCCUCCUGUGCACCAGAGCAGGCAGACGGCGCAGAGCUUCACGUCCGCAGCCCCCAUUUUACAGUCGCAGCUUUCAGUCCCGGCCAGUCAGGACCAGGUCUUUGCUGCUGACCAGCAGAUGAGUCCACCUGAGAUAUGCAGCAGCGUUCCCCAGCCAGGGUCCAGUGGUCCUCCUCCACUUCUUCCCCUGCAGCCCGCCGCCACACAGUUUUACACUCCAUAUCAGACAGUGGGUCACAAGCCCCCUCCUGUCUCCCCAGUUCCCCAGCAAUGUUCCUUCAGCAGCAGUAACCCUUACUUCCCCCCUUCACCUCACCGUCCUCGCCUUCCUCUGUCUCCUUAUUCCACUCUGCCAUCUUUGCCGUCGCUCGGCUCCCCUCAGACUCCUCUGUCCACACCUCAGCAUGGAGCCACGAUGGCACUCCCUAUUCCCCUUCUUGCCAUGCCAUUUUCAGUGUCCCAUCAUCAGGGGGGGUCACCUACAUCCCAGCCAAACUUCCAUACCACACACUCCAUACCUCUUUCCCAGGUACAACCCACACAUUACCCUGCCCCCCACCCUGAGCAGAAACUGGCAGAUCAGCCUGUCCAGGUACCGAUGGGGAAUUUGCUAGACGUCCAGCUGGUCUCUCAAGUUCAAAAUGUCUUUACUGCUGGUCAGAGUGCUCUGUGGAAAACUGGGAUGGACACAGAGGCCACUGCAGCUGCUCUGGACUCUGCUGCUGCCUCCACGACAGGUCCACGUGAAACUCAAGCCCCAGCACAAAACCAGACACCAGGUCUGCCUGUGAUUCUCCCUGAAACCAUUGCAUCACCUGCGACUUCGGCUCUGGCUCAAGUUGCCCUCUCUGCAUCGGUACCAUCGCCUGCUCCGUCUGCUAUCCCAGAGGCCUCCUCAGGUCUGACUGAUCCACAAGUCCAAGUCUCUGCACCGUCUGAUCAUGCACCAGCGUCACUUCCUGUUCAUGCUCCUGAAGGACUUUCAGUCCAGCCUGCAGCGCUGCACCAUGCUUCUAUCCCGUCAGCAGAUUCUGUGCCUGAGUCUUCUACUUGUCAACCAACCGCACAGGGGACGACUAUGUUUCUCACACAACCAGAGUCCUAUGCAGAGGAAGCACCUCCAGAGACGUCAACAUUGCUAGCAACUUACCUCUAUGACAGCCUGAACUCCGAUGUGGCAUCAGGGAAGGAAGCAAGUGACGGCUAUGAAAGCUUGGCAGGAGGUGGAAAAUCAGACGGGAAACCCAGGAAGCACCACCGGAAGUCAGCGCGUACACGCUCUCGCCAAGAGAAAACUAGCAAACCCAAACUGAGCAUGCUCAAUGUCUGCAACACUGGCGAUAAAAUGGUGGAGUGUCAGCUGGAGACUCACAAUCACAAAAUGGUGACCUUUAAAUUUGACCUGGAUGGAGACGCACCGGAGGAAAUUGCGACUUAUAUGGUUGAAAAUGGCUUCAUCCUGCUGCUGGAGAAAGAGAUCUUUAUUGACCAGCUAAAGGACAUUGUGGAUAAAGCUGAAGACAUGCUUCAUGAUGACGUUGAGGGUGAAAUGGUUUCCACUCUGAGUUGCAGUCCUCAACAAGGUCAAGCUGCUGAGGGCCAGGCAGGAGAGGGUCUGCAGCCGGGGGCUCCUCAGCCAGUCUAUCAGCAGAAUGUUCUCCACACAGGAAAGAGAUGGUUCAUUAUUUGCCCUGUGGAGGAGACGCCUCCAUCCAGCCAGGAGACCCCAACAGAGGGCACAACAACCCAGUCGCCCACUCACGUUGCAGACAGUGGAACAGCACGUCCGUCGACUUCCAGAGAUGAGGGCUCAUCCUCCACGAUGUCUGGUGGAAGUGGGGGCUUCACAUAUGACAUAUAUGGAUUUUGCAGUCCCCCGAUAAUGUCCAACACCGACCCACUCCUGUUAGCCACGCUGUCCCCCCCUGUCUCUGCUCCCCCAACACUCCAGUCGGUGUCAUUGUUAGAUCCCGUGGAGAAUUUGGUGCAUCAGCCAGCCAAGGCUCAGACCUUGCCACCUUCGUCGCCGCACACGUCCUUUCAAAUAGAGGAGUCGCAGGGCUCCCCAUUGGGCUCCAUCUCGCCCGUCGUCACAGCUCAACGGGUGGUGGACAUCACAUGUCCAGCGUCCAUGGCAGAUGAGGUGCCCUGCUGUCCUUUGGUCAUGCCAUUAUCUUUGGACGUGAACAGCUCUCAGGAUGGAUCUACUUUCACUCCUAUGCCACUGCAGGAGCCGUCUUCGGCCAAAGAAACUCUGACUUUGACCUACACAUCUGCAGCAUGCAGCGAGCACCCACAGCAGCCCGUCGUGCUCCAUCAGCCAUUCGCGAGUGUAGGAGGGGCUAAAGUGCCCUCUCUCCCACAGAGCCCUGCGCCGUCACACCAUGGUGGAGGGCCUGGGGAGUCCGACGGCGAAGGAAGGCUUGGUCGAGGAGGCUUCGUCGAUAGCACUAUCAAAACUCUGGAUGAGAAGCUUAGGAACUUGCUCUAUCAGGAGUAUGCACCAAUGUAUCCAUCAGGCGGCGCUGCAGAGACGCCUGGCUCUGGAACUGAGUACAUUCAGUCUCCUCCGGGCCCAGACAGUGCCACCGCCGGGUCAGGAAACAGCACCCCGGGACCAAUUGGGGAAGGGCGGUACAGGGCAGGAGAACAACUGCCACAAAUUCCAGAGAGGAUGGACAGCCUGAGCACCCUCAGUGACUCUGCAGUGGGUGCAGCUUCCUUAUCUAGAAGACACCUUCCACACUCUGCUUCCUGCUCGGGUACAAGAAGCCGAUUUAAGCAGAUCAUCUCAAUCCCUCCUGAAGUCGCCAUCAGACAAGACUUGAAACAGAGAAGCUGGAGCAGAGCCGCCUCCCCAGCUCAUCCUACGGGCUUCAGUCGAGAUGUUCAAGCUGACGCCAUGGCUACCACGAUCGGCCGAUUUUCUGUGGUCAGCGCCGAAGACGAUCUGACGCACAGAACCCGAUGCAGCCGUUACUCUGCACCACCAGACUUCUACCUAGACACGCCGCCUUCUGCGGCCAAGCGGGGUUCCCUGCCUCGCGCAGUCACCUCCCCCUCAGUUCCUGUGGACAUCACCAUCCAGGCUCGAUUCCUCUCCUCAGACUCAGGGGCUGAGAGCAGCCCUGCAAAGAUGGCCUCUGCUCAACAGCACACUCGCUCUGAGCGCAGGGGAAGUGACCUCAUGAAGAGGGCUGUCGCUUUCCUCCGUCGCUCCGGCCGCAGCAGCAGCGUGCAAAGCUCGGACUCGCCGUGCAGACACGGAGCUGUGCACGGCUCGGCCUACGCCAGCAGCGACAAUGACUCAGAGAUGGAGGACUCGGACAUCAAGAGGGAGCUCCAGCGACUCCGCGAGAAACACCUGAGGGAGAUCUCUGAGCUGCAGGCUCAUCAGCGAGGAGAGCUGGAGCUUCUGUACCGCAGACUUGGCAAAAUUCCUCCUGCAGGCCUGAGCCUGUCUCACACUGCGCCCCCUGCAGGCCGUAGAAAAAGGUCCAGCAGGCACAGACUGAAGCCCGGGAAACUCCUCAGUCCCUUGGUUCAGCAAUUUCGAAAUGUCACGACUAAAUCCGGUGACUCCAACAAAUCUGCUGCUGCAGGUGCCCCUGAGCCAACGGUGAGUUUAAAUGGGUCCCCUGCUAAAGGGUCUGUCCCCUGUCAGGGCAGGCAGCGCUCCUGCACUAGCCACCUCCCCAGCUCAUCCACACAGCCGGUGCAGACACAGCAGCCAUGUUCCCUCAAAGGUUCUAUGUCCUCUGAUAAUAUUUACGCUGGAAUCUAUGGAGCUGCCUCUGGCACCCCAGCACCACCAGAACAAGGAUGGCCCACUUGCCCCCCUCCGCCCGAGAGAGUGACCUAUAAGUCCAGUAGCAAGACAAGAGCUAGAUUUCUCAGUGGGCCUGUGUCUUUGUCCAUCUGGACAACGCUGAAGCGUCUGUGCCUUGGAAAAGAUCGUGGCCACAGGUCCAGUGCCACAUCCGGAGCUUCCGCUCAAGCCCAGCAACAUUCCACUGGUGCCACGCCGCCUCCUCACCAGCCAGUGAUGGGUCUGGCCCAAGCGCAAGCCAAUAACAGCAACAACAAGACAUCAACCUGUUCGUGCUCCUCCUUGAGUGAGCUCAAUCUGCCGGAAGAUUUGCAACGACUGAUGGAGGACUGGGCUCAAGAGGUCCUGAUUGUCACCCACCGGCCGGGUACCAACUCUCUGAGUAUCAGUGGGCAGCAGGUUUGGGACCAGGUUUUCCCUGGAACCCAAGGUCAACAUGCCACCUAUCACUGCGUUUCAUCCUGGGGAACACCUUGUCAUCCUCUGCCAUGGCCUCACGCCGCUGGUUCAACAGUGAUCAAUAACUCUGCAGUGCCCCCCUCUGGCUACCACGCCACAUCACCCGCUGGGCUCAGGGCCUUGUCCUCGCCUCUCUCCCGAGGCCCCUGGUCUGGGGCGCUUGCCCCACUUACUUCGGGAGCCAUAGCCUUUCCCAGUAUAGCGUCAGCUCAUGGCGCACACAGCUCCAUAACUUCAUCAUAUCAGCCGCCGGAUCCCAAAGCUAGGACUCUCUAACUGGUCGUAGCAUCAUGACGUCACAGUAUUUUCAAGAAGUCGUAGUUUUAGCCCAUCAUUUGUGCAUAUACUGUAAAUAUUAUUAGCCAGCAUGUCUGAUAUCAUGUGUAGACAUCAACAUACCUCAUGUCCAUAUUACAAUAAUUAUCCGUAAGUGCAGUGCUUAAGUAAAACAGCAUUUCAUGAUGUUUCAUGAACUAAUUCAGUCUUCUAAGCGCAGAUUUGCUCUUUUUAAAAAUCUGUCUGGCUGAUGUGCAGUUCAUGUUUCUAUGAAGAUUAUGUUGCACAUUACUCCCCUAAACAAGCUGCCGUUUGUACAAAGGACCUGAUGUUGAUCUGUACAGACCUGUGACGUACAGUAUGUACAGUUACGUGAUGCAGCCACGUGUCUCGCUGCACUCACCUGUCAUGCACUGUGAAGACUUGACCUCCUGGUCGCUAGGACCAGGUGCUUCUCCUGCUCUCUCUCAGUCCAAAGACCAAGUUUCGUUCUCCAUCAAUGAUGCUUCCUGCAUAAGCGCUUGAGAAACUGACCUGAACUUGAACUUUAUCUUCAGGUGGAAAGGCCGCCGCCUGCGAGAGUGCCUUGAUUUGCAGCUUUCUGAGGGAAAGCCUUUUGACUGAAAUUUGACACGAGGCCAUGUGCGAUUUGAAUAAUGAAUGUGAAUUAAUUCACCGGGUCACAAAUAUCACAAAUUGUACGUCACUAUAUAUUGGCUCGGUUAUGGUCACAUACUUAAGUGAGUUUUCAGUUUUGUUCACUGCUGCGCUGCCUUGGCCACAUCCUGCAUGGACUUAUUCAUAUGUGGAAUCAGCAAGUUUGAUGUGGUGGGGCGGGUCUGAGGUGGGCAUGACUUACUCUCCGAAAUGGUGUGAGCAGAGAAGAAGAAAUUUAGAAAAAACCUAAGGCAAAAAGGUGUGCACUGGGAUCCCAAAUAUGAGAGUGUUCGGACAAGAGCCUCUACUCCAGGUGGACUGAAUAUACUUUGUGUCCCGUCCUUUUUUCUGAUGCAAUCUGUAGCUUUUCAUCUCGUUGCCUUCAUGGUCCUCAAGAGAUUAUUGCUGAGUGUAUGGAACAUGUUGCCGUCCAUGGACAGAGAAGGCACACAAAGAAUGUAUUUUGCGGUUUCUGGACUAUUUCUAACACAUUUGGUGUCUUCACUUCAGCAGCCAGCUUGUCCAGCUAAAGUCUUCUAAUGAAACUUCAUUCAGCUUUAGAAAUGCAAGUAGUUGCCGUGUGAUCUUCCUAGACAGCGUUUAAAAGCAACAGCAAAAUGACUUCCAAAAAAAAAAAGAAAAAGUGAAAGAGCCAUACAGAGGGUCGUUGACCGAAAUGUGCACCUUUGUUGUGAAGCAUGGUGUUUCAAUGGGUAAAAAUACGUGACCCCUGUAGUUAAAUCUAAAAAUGUAAAGCCAUCUUUCUACUUUUACAAUUCAGGACCACCCAUGGCACAUUUCAGCAGUCUGCUUGUGCCACUCGGCUUCCAAGAAGGUUCUUGCUGUGUGAUGGACCUGCACAUAUUCUUUGCACAUGUACCAUGAUUUGCACGCAUCAAAAGGUAAAAUGUAGCUUUAGAGUUUCAAACUGAGCUAAUGAAAAUAUAAUGUGAGCAGGUUCUGCCAACGGUGAAAAGAAACACGAGUUUGAGGCGCUGUUUUGAGUUUGAAGUGACAAUAUGCUGCUUGUGUUCUCCUUUAGCUUCACCUGAAUCUCGCAAAUUCAUCUGGAAUUCCACAAACUUAUUUGCGAUUUAUGGUCUUCCGUGCUUUUAGUGUUCGAUUGCUUCUGCCUGCUCCAUCACCUGUCACUUGGAAGUGCUCAAUCACAAAGGCUGUAAAUACUUGAAGAAGGAAAUAAUAAAUUCAGAUUUUUGCUUGAAAGACU